GCCUGGGAGGCAUCAAACUUAAUGAAGAUAUCAGCUUCGAGAGGUCGCAACGUUAUUGCAGUGAUUUCAACAGUGAACCAGAUACUCUUGUGCACAAACUUAUAAUACAGCAUGGACAAAUGACCGACGCAUGGCAAUCACAACAUCCUUCAACACCCGGUAGUAUUUCUACAGCAUCGAUUAAUCAGCAGGUUGGGCCUACCGGAUUUGAUGCAAAUGCCGAAAUCACACAGAAAGGCAUCACUUGUAAUUCACCGAUAAAUACCUGGUCCAAACGUACCAUGAAACAAGCUGUACGUGAUCGGAACGCGGG